CAAAUUCAAUUAAUUCUUCCACAAGAUUUUUAAUCUCUAUAUUAUAUAAGAGCUAUGUUGUCAUGACCAGAACCAAUUCAAGUAAACCUUAAUUUUUGUUUUUUCAUUGAGCCAAUUCUCCUCUUCUUAUCUUACCUACAAGACAUAGCAACUCAGCCUCUCUCUCCAUCAAGAACAACAAUUUCACAACUACAAAUGACUCAUGUUGAAGAGAAGAUCAUCAUAGAACAAGUUAAGGAUACACAUCAUCCUAAUGGUGACAUAGAUGUGGAUGCAAAUUGUCUUCUCAAGUUUGUAGAAGACAUUUUCAAUUUCAAUACGGAUUCAAAAAGUGAUGAAGAUAAUUCGGAAAAAGAAGAUGAGUCUUCUAAUGAGAAUUUGGAGAGACGGGGGAGUGAUGAAGAUAAUUCUGUAAAAGAAGAUGAAUCUUCUAAUGAGGAUUCAGAGAGUGAUGAAGAUAAUUCUGAAAAUGAAGAUGAACAUUCUAAUGAAGAUUCAGAGAGUGAUGAAGAUGAUCCUGAGGAAGAAGGAAGUGAUGAACAUGGAAAAUCUGAGACGGUUUCUCGAGAAGCAAUGCAAGACGGACCGAGGUUACAGUUACAAGAACACAUCCAGAAAGAAAUUUCAUCUAUUGUUUUACAACUCUCUUUCGUGGUAACCUUCACCCGUGUAAACUAUGAUGAUAGUCACUCAACUGCAAUUUAUCUGCUAAGUUUGUUGUCAAAGUAUAUGUGGCAUGUUAAGGGAGUAAUGUUACUCGCAUGUUUUGCGAUUAUCCGAGGGAAAUCUAAAGUUGUCUCACAAUCAUGUCAUCGGAAAGGACUAUCGUCCUACACUAUGGAUGUUCUAAAAACUAGUCUAAUCUCAAUGCUAUCUCCUGACAAUGAAAUUUUUUUUAAUGAGUCAAUAAGAUCCAUGUUUAAACUCACCAAGCUUAUGAUUGAGCUUCGACAUUCAUCUUCAAUGUUUUUGGCGAAUUAUUGGAUCGCAAGAAGUGUUGUUGCCUAUGCCCACCUCCUUAUUUUGAGCCUCGAGCCACAAAAUCAGAUCAUGAGGGAAGUGUCCAAUGUAUCCACCAAAAUCAAAGAGAUUCUGGAUUCCAGCCUCCCACUACUAGAGGCAAAAAGGGCAGAAGAUAAAUAUCAAGUGUUGUUACAUGCGUUUGAUAAUUCUUCAAAUAUCUUGGACGUUCUAAAAUUGAUAUUCAAUGUCAAAAAUAAUAAAGAUAAGCCAAUUUUGGACCCCUGGCAGCGUUCAAUGGGAUUAGAUGAGUUUGAAGGGGAGGGAGUGCUAUUGCUAAUAUCAUCCGGCGAACACUUCCCCUAUUAUGCAUAUAAUGCGGCGUACACGGGAGGAGUAAAGAUUUGGGUUCCAAUUAUAAAUGAUCUGGAUGGGCAUAUACAAAUGCCUAAUUCUGACUAUUAUUGUGUAUUGGAUCCACAAAAAUGGAUUGCACCAGAAUUUGACAGAUUUCUUAAAGACAAGUGCUUCUCAACUUUUCAAGUUGGGGGUGACCCUAUUGUCAUUUCACUGGACAAACGGGGAAGGUUGGUUCAUUCUAAUGCACUUCACAUGAUAUUUGCAUGGGGAGAUCAAAUUUCUAAAAGGAUAAUAUUGAGAUCGGAUUAUAUAAUCCCUUCAUUAGAAAAUGAAUUGAGAGAAAGGACUUCUGGUGCUGACCGUGUGAUUGAUGAUAUUGACCAACAAAUACAUAAUUUUGCGAGAAAGGUCUACAAAAAGAUCAAUGAUUGGAUGAAUGACAUCCAGACAAAGAUGAAAAGUUCGAUUGAUGAUGAUGAAAUGUACAUUUUCUUGUGCGGAGGCAAUAACAUUAAACGAGUUCUAGAAUUUGUACUUAAGGUACAAGAAGUUCGUUCCAAAUUUCAAAUGAAUAUGAAUAUUGCAUACGUUGGAAGAAGAAGAAAAAUGAUUGCAGAGAUGAGGAGAGCAUGUGAUUAUGUGUUUGGACGUUAUGCGUUUAAGUUUUUUUGGGCACGACUUCAUAGUGUGACAUUAUCUAGGAUCCAAUAUUUGAGUAAGGUUGGACUUGAUGAAAGGAAUGAUGAAAUUCUGCAAGGACUCAUAAAAUUAUUAUCUUAUGGAGAUGAAUGUACAACAAUUGGAUCAUGGGCUUUGUUGGGCAAAGGGAAAAGAAUAAUUGGAUGUGAUAUGGGAGACAAAAUAUUAGGAGUGUUGAAUGAGUAUGAGAAAUGGGAGAAUGCCAAUGAUUUUGAACAAGCAUUCAAGGAUUACUAUGAGAUGCUUAAUACUUCUUCUUCUUCUUCCAAUCAACAUUCUUGUUGUGCUCUCAAUCACUCAUCUAAUUUGGAUGAAAUUUCAGAGACUGUGUCCUGCCCUCAAUGUAACCACAACAUGCAUAAAUUUGUCACUUUCUCUUGUUGUCAUGGUCCGACCAAUUUCUUAUAUUAUAAAGAGGAUGAAGAUUAGGAAUGCACGGGGUGUAAGAGUUGUUGUAGUAGUCUACAUGCAAUGCAUGUAUAAUAUGUUUGUACUUGUACGUUCAUGCCUUCAUGGUUGUAAUAUUAUUCAUUGAAUAUACAUACAAAUUAAACCUUUAA